UUAGGACUAAAGGUUCUUAAACUUAGGAGGCUAGGUUGGCUAGGAUACUAGGAAGAAGAUCGCCAUGGAAUGGCGUGAGGAAAAACGGAUCUAGGAGGUGAGAGGAUGUCGAGAAGAAAGGAAGUUGGAUUAGGAAGAGAGGGGAGUACAAGGAGGGGUUUGUACCCCCUACAGAAAGGUUCAGUAACAACCUACCAAGCCUAUAUUAAAUUAUAACUUAUAUAAUUUUAACAAGGUGCGGGGCACGAAGGGAUUGAUUGGUGGUGCAUCACAAUUGCGCAACCGGAGAGAACCGGGGAAUGGUUCGGAAACGAAAUUGAAAGGCGCGGGGAGUGCCUAUCAAGUUUGCACACGCUGGUUGGCGGGGGGCAACCAGUGCCAUCCACAAAAAAACCCCUCUUCCCUACACCCCUGGCCCUCAGAUUCGUUUUAUGCCACACUGAAUUUUCAGGGUCGAUACACAAAGGCACCUUGAAAACAUCCUCAAAAUCAGGGUUGGUACUGUCAAACAUCUGUAUUUGUCAUGUUUGUAUAGACUGUAUAGGGUUACCUUUUAGAGGGUACAACACUUAGGUAUAUUUGUGUGUACUCUCACUUUACCAUUAUUAAAUUCCAAUUGUGAUAUGGUAUCACGCGUAGGGCAGCCUACACGAGUAGGUCUACUUGCGUCGCCCUCAGGGCUUUACUGGCACCUUCCCUUCUCGGACCAAGUGGCUCCUGCGGCGCCCCGUCUACGGCCUGCGCCAGGCUCCUCGUGAGUGGCACGACACGCUGCGUGCUACCCUUGCUGACCUGCAGUUCUUUCCGUCUUCCGCAGACCCCUCACUCUUCGUUCAUGCUGGCCAGACUCCGUUCUACAUCAUUGUUUACGUCGAUGACCUUGUCUUUGCCACAGCAGACAGGGACGCACUGGCCUCAGUGAAGGCAGAGCUGCUGAAGAGACACACGUGCACUGACCUUGGAGAACUGCGUCGUUACCUUGGCUUGCAGAUCUCCAGGGACAGAGCAUCGCGCACCAUCACCCUGACUCAGUCACACUUGGUGCGCCAGGUCCUUCACAGGUUCGGCCUUCAGUUCUCCUCUGCACAGCCCACCCCUCUGCCUGUAGACCACAGACUCUCCGAUCCAGUUUCUUAGGAGUCGGUAGAGCCCAGCGGCCCCUACGCAAAGCUGGUGGGUUGCCUCAUGUACCUGAUGACUUGCACUUGCCCAGAUCUCGCAUACCCUCUCAGCAUCCUGGCGCGCUUUGUGGCCACAGGCAGACACCGACCGCAGCACUGGUCUGCCGCUAAGAGGGUUUUGCGUUAUCUUGAUAGUACAUCGGGCAUGGGGUUAGUGCUUGGAAGACGCA